AGAACUCACUCCAGCAGCAGCGCUCCGAGUGGCGAGGGAGGGAGAGAGAAAGACCGCCAGCUGUAUGUGCUCGAGCACUGUGCCAACGACGAGGAAGUAUUGAGCCUCACUACGACCAUGGAGUUGAAGACAACUCACCUAUACAGUGGUUACUGGUUACAAGUGCCCGCCGCUUCACCAUUUUACCAGCGAAACAGUGUGACAAGUGCGCGUCGAGACCUGGCUGGAAUUACCGGAAUGUCUGAGGGACAUUGUUUAGUCAUGUGCCUUCACCUCCAUAUUGUCUAUUAGCAGAGACCGGAGUGGUUUCGAGAGGAGGAGGGGUACAGGCAGACAGGUAGGAGUAUAUCGCUUCAGUCGUUGUUUCGUUUUCGGUAAAUAACCAGCCACCAUGGAUAACCACAAGGAGAAUAAGAUGAGGAAACAGUCCAUGAAAACCAAAUCGACAAAACGCAAAGAGAAGAAAUACAAAGCCGGGAAGGUUUUCAGAAGGAAAUCGUUGAAGUCCGUUGGGCAUUUCAUGAGCAGGAUACUGAAAACUUUGGGAACUUUGGCACACUUUGGCGACGUCGAGACACCUGACGGCGAGGAUGAUGAUGGCGGGUUCCGAAACAGCGCCGCGUGCUCGUCGAGUGCCAACUCAGGGAAUUUUAAUAAAGAUGAAUUUCUGGUCUCGAGGGAGAUUAAGGUGAAGAAAAGCGCCUCAACUUUGUCUUCUCAUGGAUCUAUAAAAGACAGGCUGUCGUGGUGCUAUGGCGACAAAACUCCUGGAGUCCUUGGUUUGAAGAAUCAUGGAAACACUUGUUUCAUGAAUGCGGUGGUUCAGUGCCUCAGUAAUACGGACCUUCUGGCGGAGUACCUUGGUUUGGAACAAUACAAGUCUGAUUUGUGUCAGGGGAGAGUAAACGGAAUUGUAAAAAACGAGGACGCACAACUUGCCAGGGGUGAGGUGACCACACAGUUGGCAUCCUUGGUGCGGGCGCUUUGGACCCUCGAAUAUACCCCUCAACUGUCCGUGGAAUUCAAGAGUAUUGUGUCCAAAUACGGCUCUCAGUUCAGGGGGAACUCUCAGCACGAUGCCCUGGAGUUCCUGCUCUGGCUCUUGGACCGGGUCCAUGAGGAUGCCAACCCCACCACCAACAACAACCACAGCAGCAAUAGCAGCAGCAAGACCAAAGCCAACGGAAAGGGCCCGAUGGGUGGAGGGGAGGAGAGCCCUGUCUCCGGCCCAGCAGCAGAACACCAGCCUGGGACGCGGCACAGCUUCGUCCAGGACCACUUUCAGGCACAGUACAGGUCCUCCCUGACAUGUCCACAUUGCCUUAAACAGAGCAACACCUUUGACCCCUUCCUCUGCAUCUCACUGCCCAUUCCCCUACGGCAAACCAGGUGUAUGAGUGUGAUCCUGGUGCUUAGUACUAAGGGUCAGAGGUAUCUACGUGUUGGUCUGGCUGUGCCUCUCAUUGGCUCCAUCUCCUGCCUGCGUGCCAUGGUGGCUGAGGAGGGCAAGAUCACGCCAGACCAGGUGAUCCUGUUAGAGCUCUACGCCACCGGCUUCCAGCGUUCGUUCUCUGACGACGACGAUCUGACCAGCGUUGCCGAGAGCGAUGUGGUCUAUGCCUUCCAGGCUCCGCCCCUCCACACACGGGGAGGCUCCACGCGAAUCUCGGGCUACCACCACAGCCUCCCAUCCUCUCCGUACACCUCUGGGCCAGAGGGUCAAAGGUUACCCCCAUCGACCACUCUGUCCUCAGAGUUCCUGAACCACAGUGGUUCCACCAAGGUCCUCCUCGUCAUCUGCAACAUAGCAGGCUCUGGCCAGCAGGCCGUCAGGUUCGGCCCUCCCUUCCUCAUGAGAGAGGAGCGUACCCUGUCCUGGGACCAGCUCCAGCAGAGUAUCCUCAGCAAGCUCUACUACCUGAUGCUGAACGGAUCACAGGCUCAGAAUGCAGGGUUGCUGUUCAAGAUCAGAGUGGUGGGAGGAUCUGCCUCCUACAGCUACCUGUCCCCACAAGAUGGACGCCCUCUCUUCCACCCUGCCGUGGACAGAGCCCUGAAGUUAUGUGGCCCGGGAGGACCACCCCAUGUGAAGCUGGAGAUUGAGUGGGAACACAAGAUCAAAGAAUGUCUGUUUGGUAACAUCCAGGAGGAGGUGGUGAAGGUCUCAGAGAGUGUGAGAGUCCAGCAGCAGCAGCACCUGCAGCAGCACAGCUGUACCCUGGACGAGUGCUUUCAGCUCUACACCAAAGAGGAACAGCUGGCCCCAGACGACGCAUGGAAGUGUCCCCACUGUAAGCAGCUCCAGCAGGGCAUGGUGAAGAUGUCCCUGUGGACCCUCCCCGACAUCCUCAUCCUCCACCUCAAACGCUUCCGUCAGGUGGGUGAGCGGCGCAACAAGCUGUCCACCCAGGUGCGCUUCCCCCUGGCCGGGUUGGACAUGGACCCCCACGUGGUGAAGAGGUCCCAGAGCAUGAGGAACCUGGGGAACCUGGGACCCUGGCCCCCCACAUGGAAACAGCCUGGAGGCAGCAGUCAUCAUAUUAGUCACCCAGACAUGGCCCUGCCUCCUGACUUCCUCUAUGACCUCUAUGCAGUGUGUAACCACCAUGGUGGGAUGCACGGCGGACAUUACACAGCAUACUGCAGGAACUCAGUGGACGGCCAGUGGUACAGCUAUGAUGACAGCAGUGUGGACCUGGUGCCUGAGGAGGAGGUGUGUACCAGAGGGGCCUACAUACUGUUCUACCAGAGACGUAACGUCAUCCCCCCCUGGUCCGCCAGCAGCUCAAUCAGAGGCUCCACCAGCUCCUCCAUGUCGGACCACUGGCUGGUCCGUCUGAAUGGGGACAGUAAGAGGGGUAGUCUGGUGUCCCGCUCCUCCACCACCUGCCCCUCCUCUGUCCCCGACUCCCCAGAGUCCCCCGUCUUCCUUGAUGACCCCCCCAGAGAGGAGAAAGGUGGUUUUGAGAGCAGGCCGUUGGUACGGGGCAUCCAGGGUCGUAGCGUAAGCAUGAGGACCCCCACUAAGAACAGAGAGACACUGAACAAGGUCCUCCCGCUACGCUGGUCGUUCGGCUCCAAGGACCGCCGAAAAACUGCAGCCGAGCCCGCCCCUGCUCCCAUCCCCACCCUUGCCCCUGUGGAACUGGUGGAGUACCUAGAGUCUGGAAGAAGACCUCGCUGCACCAAGGACUCUAUAGUCAAUUUAAUGACGGGCUCUGAGAGCCAGCAGGGAUCUGCCAUCAGCUCCCCCAGUGUGGGAAGCAGCCUGAACUGCAUGGGACAACCAGAGUCUCCGCAGAUGCCAGAGGGCCAGAGAAGACCAGUCACAGACAAGACAGGGAGUCUGAGACGAAGUAGCAAAGGGUCCCAGCAGCAGCAGAGAGACCAGAGGGACGAGGGUAGGAUGGGCAGUGGUAGUAGUACUAACACUCUGACCAGGAGGAGUACCAAGAAGAGUAAGGAGAAAGACCAGGGAAAGCUCCAGGAGGCCCAGUCUAGGAGGGGGUCUAGUGCAGGCUUCCAGCCCAGCUCCAGCACCCACAGCCUCAGGGACAGAGACUGGGAAGGCACCCUGAGGAGGGGUGCCAAGGGCAACCAGGACCCACCACCAGGGGACCGCCUUGUACCACCCGAGGGAGAAAAGACCAGGAAGGGUGAGAAGGUAGAGGAGGCCUCCAAGAGCCACGAGGGGCUGCUGUCUUUCUUCAAGAGCAACUUCAAGAAGAAGGACAAGGAGUCGUCAUCUUCUCGCAAGUCCGACUCUGGAAAAGUUGGCGACGUCGGCGGGUCCAGCACCUCCCGGCUGUCCCUGUCCAGUGGAGCCCCAGGCGGGGCCACGAAGACGGGGGAGGCGAAACCCAACGGAGCCCCCCGCAACGGGGGUGCCAAUUGUCUCGGAGACGAGCUGCCCAACGGUAAAGCCAGACGCGCCGCCGAUAUCAAACGCUCCCAGAGCUCGUCCAACAUCCCCAGCAAGGAAGAGUCUAGCAUGCGAAGGACUGCCUCUUUACACCGUAACGGGCUGUCACAUGGCGUGGCUCCGCCCCCUCGCAGCCUCACAGCCGAGAAGCCCUCCUACGGUACCCUGCAGAAGACUCGCUAUAGUACCACCUCACUGGGACGCAAGAGGACGGUCCCCGAGUCCAGCUUUUAGCUUACACACACACACACACCCUGACACACACACACACACCAGGGUCGUAUUCACUAGGCACCAAACAGAAGAAAAUGGACUGAAAGAGGAGGGACUAGCUCAAUUUGUCCAGUAAGAAACGCUAGUUUUUGUUUUCCAUUGCAAAACGUUUUACUACAUUUUGCUACGGUGACGGUGUGCACUAAUCAAUAUGACCCUGAUCAAAGCAAUGGAGCUCAGCUGGAAGGAUACUCCUGUAGGUACAUACAGAAGUAUACAACACAAGGUGGCUCCCUCCGGUGUUGUGGAGGGGUAUAGCGUCAGUGAAAGAGCCAGUCACGGAGCCAAGGAGAAAUGUAGAAAAGGUGACACAUGAAGGACGUCUGCUGACAUAAACAAAAUAUCAUAUCAGAAUGAAUAUUUUCUUAUUCCAAUUUUGUUUUUAUUUUAAUUUGUAAAAAUUAUUGUGACUUAACAAGUGCCUCAGUAACUGAUAUGCAGUUUUAAACCAAUGAGUUUGUGGACACCUGGUCAGCACCGGAAGCACAUGUUUUAUUCACACUCUCAUACAUGCACACACACACACACACACACACACAGGCAUGCACUCACACACAUUACACUCGUGUCUUAAAAUCACAGUAAAUUAAUGGCAUUCAUCACUUUAUCUUCCUCGAUCGGUUUGUCCAAUGGUGGCACCUAAAGGAAAGUUAUGACAGUAUCAUGACAAUACAUUUUGUUAUUAUGUCUAUAUGCUCUAGAUGAUUUGUACAAAAACAUUGAUUCAUUGAAAGUAUACAUCAGCGCUUUAAUAGGUGAUUUCCUCCUAGAUUGAACUAUGAAUGAUUUAACUGGUUGUGUGUGCUGCUUGCACUGCAAACUGGCUGCUAUAUAGAUUCACACAUUGCAAAUGAAGGUUAUGAUAUUGCACUUUCUACAAUGCCAAUGGUACCGAACUCUCCAUUUCAUGCAGUAAGAAAGAUACCUAUCAAUAUAACUUGGCUUACGCAACAUGUCCCCCUGUAUUCUUAAACUCAUAAAAAUAUGCAGUUUGACCACACAAUAGAUUAUUAUGAAUUCAAGCACAUUUAUAUGGAAAUUUGACAUUUUCAGUACUGAAAUCAGGCUUUAUGAUUGUAAUGAAAUUACUGCAUUUUAAAUUAAUCAAAAAUGACCUCAGAUUGAUCUAUUCUUGCUACCGGUAAUUGAACUUACUGAUGGUGCUACACUGACAGUCUGGUAUGUGGGUCUAUGUGGUACUGUAUUAGAGAGGCAAGCGGUGUCGAUUGAUUGCAUUACUGUGCAGUUCUCUAUGAAGGAUUAUACACUGUAACAGUAAGGUCAUUUAUUUGAAUCAUCAGACUGUCCACUACAGUAGGCAGUAGAUGCACUGGUCAGAUCACCCCUGAACGUCACAUACAUGUUAUUUAUCAACCUUGAUGAGCUCUCUGGCCCCCUUAUCCAUUCUUACUUCUCAUCUUCUCUCACUUCACUCCUCCACAUCUCUCCAUCUUAUCUUCUUCUUUUUCAUUCUCUGUCAUCCAUCGUGUCUCUCAUCCGGUCUCUUUGGCCACUGACUAAAGGUCACCGAUCUGCUCCAAUCUGCAGAGCUCUCGCCUGGCGUUAACGGCGUAGGCGUUUGAUUGAAACACCCUCACUCUCACUGUGGGUUGGAGUUAACGGUGUAAUUGGGUCGGGUGUCUACGGUACAUGUUUUGCACGUAGAAUAAACGCACUGCUGAAGGACAAGUUGAAAGAAGCAUUAUAGGCAGCAAUUCAACAGCUUAUCAUUGGUACACCCAAGCAUGGAUGACAAAAAUGUACCAAAUCCAUAUGGGCAGUUUUUAGCUAAUGUCUUUAAUAAAUGAUGCCUUUGUUAGGAUAGACAGUUUUCAUUCCCAAUACUUAGUGGACCAUGCCUUUACCAAAGCAUUGGUAUUAUCCCGGAGCAAUUUUUUACAUUACCAAACUCACCAGUCACUAUUGACUCUAUUGGGAAGAUGGAGGAUGACAUCAGUUUUAUGUUAAAUAAAUAGUUCCCAAAUAAAUGAUACUAUUACAAUCCUAAAUUGUGAAGAGUAUAAUUUGUCUUUGCAGCUUGAAUUCCAGGGGGAUAGAGGGGGGUUGAGUUUGAGUUGCUACUUCCCAGUCAACCGUCUUAAAACUUCACUGUUGCCCGUAGUCUUUUCUGUGACAGAGCUAUGCUUGGAGAUAGAUAGCAUGUCUUAUCUGUAGACAACAUGGUCUCAUUAAAAUAUGUCAAAAUAAUGUCAUAUUAACCGUUGUAGUUAUACUGAAUGUCACAGAAACUAACAUUAUGUCUGCUGUGGGAAUAGGAGCGUAUAGAUGGGACACAAAGUCUGUAUUAUUCAUUUGACAUUUAGUUUAUUUAUUUUGUUCUAGAUGAGUACACUAUGUACCUACCACAAAGUUUACUUGUACCAAAAUGAGCACUUGUAUUUAAAAUGAAGACUAUGAAUCAAGGAUGUUUUUCCAAUGAUUUUGUGAAAUGUGGGAUAAAGAUGUUUUAUAUGCAACUUUUCUACAUUUUAUAAAGGCUUUGUAAAUAUAUGAAUACACAUAGCUCUAUAUAAUGUAUGUAUAAAGGGAGACAUGAUGUAGUAUAGACUUGUAUAAAUUGCGAGGCUAUGGGGGUUAAAGGUGAUGCACAAGUAUAGGCUACAACUGUGGUGUGUACUGUUCUUCUAUGCACAAGAGUACAACAAGGUAUAUGCUAUUACUGUAAAACAACAACAACAAGGGUUUAUAUCUGUCUAAUAUGUCUCUGCUAUGAUAUCCAAAUUGUUUUUUUUAUACUGCAAAUAAAACACAUUGUUUAUCACAA